AAGCACCACGGCCAAAGAAAAGCUCACUCAAAUGCAGCAACAGCUGGGAACACCAAUCCAUAAAUUAAUAAAUGAGGUGCCAACACGAUGGAACAGCACCUACCACAUGCUGGAAAGAAUGACUGAGCAGAAGGAGGCAGUCUGGGUGUCACUGGCCACAUUAAAAAAUGAAAUUACUCCACUGACUCCUGAAGAAUUUGAAGUCAUUGAAGAGAUGCUCAGGGUGCUCUCUCCUUUUGACCAAGCCACAAGAGAACUCUCUGAGGAAAAAAGAGUCUCGGGGUCAAAGGUUAUUCCACUGAUGAGAAUGAUCCACAUUGAGCUUCAACGUCAAGCCUCAGCAUUAACAAAACCAGCUGCUCAAGAACUGGGUGCAAAUCUGAGAAGGCGGCUAACUGAGUCCAUCUGCAACAUGGAAUCACUCAGUGUGAUGACACUGGCAACACUGUUGGAUCCCAGGUUUAAAACAGUUGGCUUCUUUAGUCCACAAAGAGCAACGGAAGCUGUUAAGAGGCUGAAGUCGGAGUGUGCUGCUGAAAUGAGGAGCCAUGAGCCUGACCCAGCAGAAGAACCGAGCUCUUCACAUGGAUCAGAACCCAGUUCAGGACACAAUCUCUGGAAACCUCUGGAUAUGGAAGUUGAGGAGAGCCGGAUGACAUCGAAUACAACAGCAGAUUCCAUAGUUGAAGUCCAACGCUACUUGGCAGAAAGCAACACACCCAGAACACAAGACCCGUUGCAGUAUUGGAAAAAUAACCAGAAAACAUAUCCACACCUUUAUCAACUGGCGCUUAAAUAUUUAUGCACACCGUCUUCAUCUGUUCCCUGUGAACGAGUAUUUUCUAAGGCAGGGGAACUGGUGUCCAAGAGGAGAAAAUGCCUUGGAGCAAAGACACUUCAGAAACUUUUGAUUCUCAAUAAAAAUGUAUGAAUGAAUCCAUUUUUAGUGUGUUAUUUCAUAUGAUUGAACACUUUGGUUAACAAGGAUGAGGUCAUAUUUUAAAGACUAGCAAUUGAAUGAAGAUGAAAUAUUAUUUCACAGGCUAACGUUGGGUUGACAGCAUGCAAGAUUUUCCAUCUUUUCAUUUUCUUUACCUGCAAUGAUUUUAAAUCUACAGCAGAGGUCACUAUUGAGUGACCAACACAGUGUCAAUACAGUGUCAACACAGUUUGUGUAAUGUGUCAAUACACUCCUUAAGGCAUCGUCAACCCAUCCC